UUGGAAGUUUGAAAAAAUAUUUUCACCAAAUAUCAUUGUUGCUCUUUUCAAACCAUAUUUUAUAUAAAGAUUUUUCGAAAAGCGAAUUGUAAGCAAUGCCUGAAAUUGAGAACGAUAAAGGGGCAAAUCCAUUUGAUAUUCUUCGUGCAGCCGCAGGAAUUGACGACUUGCCCUCGUUUUUUCGCAGCGAAAAAAUGUCACUUUGUCAAAUGCUUUUGCAUCGCGAGUUGGCCUUUGAUUGCCUGUACAGUCUGGGCAUGGAGGGAAAAGUGCAAUUUAUUAACCAUCCUGAUGGUUACUAUGUGGCGUGCAUGAACUUUGUCAGUGAAGUGCAGCAUUGUAAUGAAGUCUUAGUAAUAUUGAAGGAACUACAAGCGGAAAUCGAUGAUUGUCAACUGACUACCGUCUACUAUCCGAACGUGGACAUCGAUGAGAUACCAGUGGAGAGUGACUUAUCACACAUUGAUGAUCAGUUGCAGGAAAUACAGACUGAGCUGACUGCUGUAUUGUCGGAGAAGGAAGAACUGGAGCAGAAGCAACAAAUCAUGAAGGAACAACUUUUUGUGCUCUCGCGUGCCGAGGCGUUCUUUAUGGGUACCAACAACCGUGAGGCUGUCAUGGCUUGGACCAAUAGCAUGAUAAUGACUGUUCUACAUGACCGACUACAAGCCACCACACGCGACAACCAGGUGCAUCUGGGAUUCUACACUGGCACUAUACUGGUCGAAAAAUUUCAUGCCUUCGAACGGGUCUGCUGGCGUAUCUGCCGCGGCAAUUUUUAUAUACGACGCGCCGAAAUUCCAUACGUGUCCGCAGAUUCAACACAGGCACAUCAAAGUGGGCGAAAAUUUGCUUUUGUAAUUUUAUUCGUUGGCGAUUUGUUGCGUGCGAAAAUCUUCAAAUUGUGCCAGUCCUUCUCAGUACAAUUGCAUGACUAUCCGCAAUCGGCUGAUGAUCGUCUGGAGUAUCGCAGACGAAUUGCUUUGGAAUUGGCCGACGUCGAGUUAGUAUUGGAACAAAUAGAGGCACAGCGUCGUAGAAUACUCAACAUGGCUGCAGUGGAACUAUGUAUUUGGCGUUCAAAAGUUACUAAAAGUCUAAUGAUUUACAAUGCCAUGAACAAAAUGGCGAAUAUACAUCAAUUGGAAAAUGAAAAGUAUUUGGUGGCGGAGUGCUGGAUACCUUCGAUUAGUAUUUCGCAAACUCGUACAACUUUAUUUGAAGCCGCUUUACGUUCGUCGAAUGGCGCCACAACUUUUCCCCCCAUCAUCACCGAACAGAAAUUCAAGUCACGUGCACGCGAACCACCUACCUACUUUGAAUUGAACAAGUUUACGAGGGGCUUUCAAAGUCUCGUAGACGCCUACGGCAUAGCUUCGUAUAAGGAACUGAAUCCAUCGCCUUAUGUUAUCAUCACCUUCCCCUUUUUGUUUUCCAUCAUGUUCGGCGAUGUGGGCCAUGGUAUGAUAAUGAUGCUAUUCGCUGCGUGGAUGUGCCUUAAGGAGAAAAAACUUGAAGAUAAUCUGAAAAAUGACAGAAAUCCCAAUGAAGUUUUCGGUUUGAUCUUCGCCGGUCGUUAUGUCGUAUUGCUAAUGGGUAUUUUCUCCAUCUACACCGGCUUUAUUUACAACGAUGUAUUCUCCAAAUCCUUGAAUAUAUUUGGCUCGCAUUGGAAGGUUAACUACACGACUAGUGUGGCAAUGAGCAAUCGCUAUCUACAGCUGGACCCGGGAAAGUCCGAGAAUUAUCUUGGCACGCCGUAUAUAUUUGGUAUGGAUCCAAUAUGGCAUGUAUCAGGUUCGCAUGCUAUUACCACCUUCAACUCGCUAAAAAUGAAAAUAGCCAUUAUAUUGGGAGUGAUCCAUAUGAUCUUCGGGCUGAGCUUAUCGGCGUGGAAUAGUAGGUAUUUCAAAAAUUCGGUGGACUUAUAUUUUGUCUUUGUGCCGCAGAUAGUUUUCUUGUGUUGUCUCUUUCUUUACCUAAUAAUUUUGAUAUUCAUAAAAUGGAGUAUAUUUGGCGGCCACUAUGGCACUCCCUACAAUAGUGCAUGCGCUCCUUCAAUAUUAAUUAUGUUCAUCAACAUGAUGCUCUUCAAAGACGGCACGAAGGAUGUGAAAGUUGGUUGCGAAAUGGAAAUGUUUACAUUUCAAAAUGGCUUGCAAUAUAUUUUAAUUUUUCUGGCAUUUUGUGCGAUUCCGGUAUUGCUGCUUGGCAAACCAAUACAAUUACAAUAUGAACAGAAGCGCAACAAAGCCAUUAAGGAUAAUGAAAGGAAGCAUAAGGUGAAUCAAGCAACGAUGUCUACCGUACGCAAAACCCUACAAAUUUACAGUGUGGAGCAUAUUAAGGGCUCAGCUUCAAAUGCAUUUCAAGACUUAGAAGAGGAGACUGUGGAUAUGACCGAAGUUUGGAUACAUCAGGGCAUACAUUGUAUCGAAAGUGUUUUGGGCUCCGUUUCGCAUACGGCCUCAUAUUUGCGUCUAUGGGCGUUGUCACUGGCGCACAAUCAAUUGUCUUCGGUGCUCUGGACGAUGGUGCUGCGAAUUCCACUUACAGGACAACAUGGCUUCAUGGGCAGUAUUAUGCUAUAUGCAGUAUUCUGGCUAUGGACCGCUCUAACUAUAGCUAUUCUUGUGGUAAUGGAAGGCUUAUCGGCAUUCCUGCACACGUUGCGUUUGCACUGGGUUGAGUUUCAAUCGAAAUUUUAUAUGGGCGCGGGUGAGAAGUUUAUGCCAUUUUCUUUUCCAAUUACUAGAAAAUAUGAAUGAACAUUUGAAUAUGAAUGAGUAGAACGGGUUUCUUAUGGAUUACAGGUUGGCUGAUUUGAUUUGAUUUUACUAAAUAAUUAAAAAAAAAAUUUGGACAUAUUUUGCCCCAGGGCAUACUUUUUUAUGUGUGUUGUAAAGUUUAUUUUGAAUAAAAUUUGAAGUAUUUUUAUGGUCGCUUUUCUGACAUUUUGUAAA